AUGAUAUUAUUCUCUCUCUCUCUCUCUCUCUCUCUCUCUCUCUCUCUCUCUCUCUCUCUCUCUCUCUCUCUCUCUCUCUCUGUCAAUAGAGGACGAGACGGAAAGAGAGAGAGAGAGAGAUGGAAAGAGAGAGAGACAGAGACGGAAAGAGAGACAGACAAAGAGAGAGAGACGGAAAGAGAGAGAGAGACGGAAAAAGAGAGAGAAGGAAGAGUUAUAAAACUGUCUGUCCUUCCCCACAUCACAAAGUCUACCGAAGGAUUUAAUCAAGCCAAAUAUUAUAAACAAACUAAAUAUCGACUCUGUUCUUCCUUGCCAUCCCCCCCACCUUACAAUUUACUUCCAUGCACUCUUCAUUGCCCGCUCGACAACGCCGCACCCCCACCAGCGUUCACUCUGCAUUGGGCCACACUCCCACCCAAAUCCGGAAUUUUUUCCUAUAAUUUUAUUUUUCUGCCUUUCCUCGCCCACUCUCUUUUAUUCCUUUUAUCAAUCCUUUCUCUCUCUCUCAUUCAGUAUAUUCUCAUUAUUUCUCUCUUUUCCCAUCCUCAGACUCUUUCUGUUUUUAUCACUUCCAAAUUUAUUUCCUCUUAA